AUGGCUCCUCUGGCGAACUGCCACGAUCGCUACCAGACAUUUAUUCACAGGGCCGCGGACAAGCUACGUCUUACUGACCACAAAAUUAUCAGAGCAGUAAUCGCUGAAACCCUGGGCACCCUGCUGUUAGUUUUCUACGGUGAUAGCGCAGGAGCCCAGAAAUUUUCCAGUAAAGAUAAAGCCAACCAGUUUCUCGCGGUUAGCCUGGGUUGGGGUGCCGCCGUAACCGUGGGCGUUAUUGUCAGCGGUAAGGCCGGACCCGCCAACCUGAACCCAGCUAUUGCCGUGGCCAACACCAUCACCGGACGUUCGCGGUGGUCGCUCCUGCCAGCCUUCGUUUUGGCCGAAAUAGCUGGUGCUUACCUGGCUGCCGGUCUAAUACUAGCUGCCUAUCACACAAACAUCUAUCACUAUACGAUGGUCAACGAUUCAGGCAUCUACCUGGUCAACACAACGGGCGGCAUUUUUGUGGCUAAUAAGGGCGCCAGUUUGCAGUCAGCGGUGACGGAUCAGAUCAUUACAACAGCCUUUCUGGCUUUUGGUAUUUACGCCAUCAUUGACAAUAAGUUGGUUGAGAAGCCCGCUCACUUUACGCCUGCUGCCGUGGGUCUGAUCGUCUUCCUCGCCAUCGGCACCUACACUGCCAAUGCAAGUUCUGCUCUGAACCCAGCUCGUGACCUUGGCCCUCGUCUCCUCCUGCUUUCAACUUACUGGGGUCCGACGGCCUUUCAGAUUGAUAACUACUACUUUUGGGUGCCGUUAUUUAUGCCUACAGUUGGUGCUGUGGUUGGAGCCAUUUUGUACGAGUUACUCAUUGGUAUCCAUACGGACGAAGCAGCCCCGUAUCCGGAUGAACCAAAAGAAUCGAUUGAUGAAUUGAGUAUAUAUUGA